AUGACUGAAUCAUUAUUUGAUACCAAUUUCACUUCAGAAAAUGAACCUAAACCUGAACAACAACAACAACAACAACAACAACAACAUGAACAUGAACAACAACAAUCAUCAUCAUCAUCAGUAGGAGCAACUGCAACAGCAGCUGAAACUGCAGCUGGAACUACAUCAACAUCAACAUCUACUAUUGAUCAAUCUUCAACAUUACCUUCAUUACAAGAUAAAUCCAAUAUUGAUGCUUUAAUCAAUUAUCGAGUAUUAGUAUCUGCUAAAGAAGCAGGAUGUCUUAUUGGUACUAAUGGACAAGUGAUUGAUUCAAUUAGAAAUGAAACUUCCACUAAAGCUGGGAUUUCUCGAUUAAUUCCUGGUAGUCAUGAAAGAAUUUUAACUGUACUGGGUAAAUUAGAUGAUUGUGCUAAAGCAUUAAGUUAUUUUGCUCAAGCAUUAAUUAAUGGUAAUAUUGAAAAUUAUAAUUAUUUCCCACUUAAACAAUUAUCUUCUACACCAAAUACUAAUGAUACAACAAUUUUAAGAUUAUUAAUACCAAAUUCUCAAAUGGGGACAUUAAUUGGAUUUAAAGGAAUUAGAAUUCAACAAUUACAAAAUAAUUAUAAUAUAUCAAUGAUUGCUUCUAAAUCAUUUUUACCUGGUUCAAAUGAAAGAUUAGUUGAAUUACAAGGUACAGUUGAUGAUUUAUAUGAUAGUUUAAGAAUAAUUUCAAGAUGUCUUAUUGAAGAUUUUUCUUCAAUUGUUGGUACUACUUAUUAUGUUCCUCGUGGGAAUACCUAUAGUCAUAGUCAUAACCACAACCACAACCACAACAAUAAUAGUACUGGUGUUGGUGCUGGUAGUGGUGUUGGUGGUGGUUCUGGAGCUGGUAAAACUAUAGAUACUAUAUCUUUUCCUAAUGAUAUAGUUGGAGCAUUAAUAGGGAAAAGAGGUAGUCGUAUUGAUGGAGUUAGAAAAGUUAGUGGAGCUAUGAUUGCUAUUAGUGAAAUUAUUGAAGGUGAAAAUGAACGAAUUUUCACUAUUACAGGAUCAUCUCAUUCAGUAGAAAAAGCUAAACAAAUGAUUUAUCAAAAUUUUAAAAGAGAAGAAGAAAGAAGAAGAAAUGAAGAAUUAUCAAAAAAAGAAUAA